AUGUCCAUGGAAGCUAUAAUCGAACAAAAAGCCCUCGCCCUGCGCGACCACAUCCUCUCCGACCCAACCCCCUACACCAACGACCCCUGGGCCCUCAUCGACGCAAUCGAUUCCUUCGCCCAAUCCAACACAAUGAUGACCUUCCGCGAGUCCAAGCUCACCCUCUCCCGCCAACAACUAGCGCAGAUGACUCCCGCCCCUACCACGCUCCUCGAAUUCGGCACCUACGUCGGCGCCUCCGCGAUCGCCUGGGGCGCCAUGCUCCGCGAGCUGAACCCACCCAGCGCCGCCGCAUCCUGCCGCGUGUACACGUUCGAGCUGAGCGCCGUCACAGCGGGCGUCGCGCGGGAUCUGAUCCGCCUCGCCGGGUUGGAGGGCACGGUCAGCGUGUUGGAGGGGCCGGCGGCGGCGUCGGUGGAGAAGCUCCAUGCCGAGGGGGCGCUCGGUAAGGGCGGUGUUGAUGUGGUGUUCUUCGAUCACUGGGAAAAGUUUUAUGUGCCUGAUUUGCGGCUUUGUGAGGAUCUAGGUCUGUUCCGGGUUGGGGCGUUGGCGAUUGCGGAUAAUACGGAUCUGCCGGGGGCGCCGGCGUACUUGGAGUAUGUGCGGGCUGGGGGGAGGCCGGGGGGAAAGGUGCGCUGGGAGACGAGGUCGUUGGAGGCGGAUGUUGAAGAGGGAUGGCCGAAAAUCGUGGAAGUGAGCACAGUUGUUGAGGUGAAGGCUUAG